AUGGUGUCAAUCCCACGGAGAGAGUAUGAGGCGCUGAAAACAAAGUGUACAUUACUUGAACAAGGUCUUGCAGAGGUGAUCCCGUCGGACCGUGAAAGAAAUAAAUUGCUUCAGCAUUUGCAAGCAAAAGCUUCCGGCCCAGGGCGAAACCCGGGGAACGAGGAUCAGGAAAUAGCGGAGGAAAAUCAACACUUUCGAGAAGGUCGAAUUCUCCAGGACCCAGACGGCACGGUGAGAUAUCUUGGGGAAUCGUCAGGAGCAACAUUUCUCAACCAUCUACGAGAAUACAUGGCGACGGUGUUUCCACUGGCCUUUGAAGCCGCCUGGCCCGGUGGCUCCAAUCCCGACACCACAGCUUUCAUCUCGACCCUUGGAAAAUACCAGACUCACGACAGUCGACCACUCCUCAUCUCCAACGUAGAUCCGCUCGUGCUGCCGACGAAAGAACAAGCCACGGCCAUGUUUUCCGAGCUUCGCUAUUCCGCGCAGGACGCGGACGACGGCUUUCCUUCUGGUGGCAUUUAUUACUGGAUGGACGCACAAUCUCUUCUGGGCGAAUAUCAAGCCUAUCUCGACGCGGCGGCGACCAUCGAGGUCGGUCCCGGCAUGGCCACGGCCAAUGCUGCUUUUGCUGUGGCAUGUCAAUUCAACCCAAGCUGCGCCCCCGAGUGGGAGACUGGAUUCGGUCAAACGUUCUUCGCAAGAGCAAGAAAUCUGAUCGGGAAUCCGCUUGACGUUUCAAUUAUCAAUGACGCAAACGUUCUCGCUUUAUUGGGAUUUUAUCUGCUGAACAACAAUCGACGAGACGCUGCUUAUAUCUAUAUCAGCGUGGCAAUGCACAUCUUGAUCGUCCACGGGGUCCACAGAGCUUGGAUGGUGGAUGAGCCAGGCAAAAGACUGUUCUGGACAGUUUAUGUUCUCGAUCGGUGGCUGAGCUGUCUGAUGGGAAGACCGGCGCUGAUAUCGGACGAUGCAAUCAAAUUGGAUUUGCCUCGCGACUCAAGUGGCUUGCCUUCUGCCGCUGGCCUUCGUGCUCACAUCGAACUGGCAAGGAUCUCAAACUACAUCGUGUCCAAUGUCUAUGAUGUUGCCCGCCAGAGCGAGGAGCCUCUCAGGACCACCCUCUGUAUUCAUCAGUCUCUGAGGCAAUUGAAGUCAUGGAGUGAGAGUCUGCCACCGACUCUUCUGGGCACCGAAGAAAAUUUGAGUCGUGACCGUGCCGUAGGAGAGUUGCACAUGGCGCAAAAUCAGCUCCUCAUUCUAGCAGUGCGGCCACUGCUGUUCAUCAACGUCAAGAAAGCCACCGCGGAUAUGCUCCUCAAUGGCCGGACCAAUGUACAAGACAUCACGUACAAAGGCGAGCUUGAUCUCUGCGCCAAUGCUGCUCGACGUAACAUCCACUUGUGGCACCGACUCUCGAACCUUCCCCGUCCUGCAAGACUGUCGCAUUCUAGCGUGCAUGACCUGUUCAAUGCUGCUUUGGCCUUGCAACUUUAUCAAAUCUUGUUCGAAAACCAGGCACAAGGAGACCACGAAGCAAUUGACUUCGUGAUCUCCGCCCUGGACGUGGACGAGAGCAGUAAUAAGGAAUAUGCAAAGGACUGUGCCAAUGUUCUGACUGAUCUCAGCUCGCUCAUGGGUAGAUUGAGGAGGGUCGACUUGUCGAAAACGAGCCCCAGGAUUGAUGUACCUCGCAGCAACGGAAAUGAUUUACAGUCCCAUCCCUCCAUGAACUCUUCCCCUACUGAUGGAACUGGCACCACAGGUCUCGCAGAAUCUCAUUAUCCGAUGUUUCGUUCUCAGGGAGGCCCAGAUGACAUCCAAUCGGGUCAAACUGCGAGCUCGCCUUUUGAUCAUCGAGAGAUUGCUUAUAAUGAGCUUCUUUCCUGGCUGGAGACCGAUAAUCUACAACGUAGGGUCGACUUUCCGCAUCGCUUUGUAUGA